AUGGCCGACGUUUUCAGAUAUUGUACUGUCCGAGCAGUGGCGUCGCUGCUUUUCGAUACCGGUAAAGUACCGCAACCAGUCUAUGGGGAGCCUAUCCGAACUGAAACUUUAUGCUCAGCUGCUACAACGUCGGGUGCUUCCGCAGCAGCCAAAACUAGUAAAUACGAACUCCAUGGAUACCCCAUGGAUGUGCUGUUCGGAUCGAUAGAGCUUCCGUGGAGACUAAAAGCGAAAUUUAACAAGAUUUGUGCUGAACAGCAGUAG